CAGAAACAAAACUGUAACAGACUUUUGGGGGAGGAGGGGAAAUGCAAAUCCAUUAAACAGUGGAAAUGCAAAACCUGCUCCCAUGCUGUACAGCUUUGCCAGUUGUGUCAAACUGCGGUGUCGUUUGGUGCAGGAUGCGUGCUGGUCUUUCUCAGGUCUGCAAACAAAGCUAACGGAGCUGACGACAGAGAAGUGCCGCGAUGCCCAGAGAAUUGAAGAGUUGUUUGCUAAAAACCACCAACUAAGGGAACAACAGAAGGUCCUCAAAGAAAAUGUAAAAGUGCUGGAGAACAGGCUGCGAGCAGGUCUCUGUGACAGAUGCAUGGUCACCCAGGAGCUGGCAAAAAAGAAGCAGAAUGAAUAUGAGAAUUCCCAUUUCCAGAGCCUCCAGCACAUCUUCAUUCUCACCAAUGAGAUGAGCCGCCUGAAGGAGGAGAACAAAACUCUCAAGGAAGAACUGAAGAGGCUCCAGAGUCCAGAGGACAGGAUCAAGUACCAAGGAGCCAUUUCCAGGGAGCACAGCUCCACACCCAGCUCCCCACUGCCAUUACUGUCCCCCACUAGCAGGAACACCAGCGCCGACAGAGUGGCUCUUGGAGCAGCAGAGGACUCCCAGCAUGGUGUGCCGGGCCUCGAGCUGGGGGAAGAGAAGACCACAGGACAGAGAAGCUCUCCUUGCAGCAGGAUUUCCCCAAGCACUAUCCUCCAAGAAGCCAGCCUGGCAGAAAUGGCAUCCCAGAGAAUUGCCAACCAGCUACACGGCACCAUCGCCCUGGUGAGGCACAGCCUGGAGAAAAGUCCUUCGAGGGCUGCAGUGUCUCCACCGGCCAGGAAGACCCCACUGCCACCAGAGCAGGAACGCAGCCCCAGCCUGGAGCCUUACUUAACGACAACCAAGCCAAUCUCCCCCAAGACUGCUCCAUCCUAUGAAAGCCUAAAGCUGACUGCCCGCAAAGAGCAGCUCUGCCUCCUCAACAAGCACCUCGCCCUGCACCAGCUGGGGCUGGCAAGUGGUUGCGUUCCACCCGAUGGGGACAGCAGCUUCCACAGCCGUUUGCUCAGGGCCACAGAUGGUGGUGGCAGGACAAGGCCACGUGAUGACUGGGAUGACAGAGCUGCCCUUCUGAAGCUCCCUGCAGCUGUGGUGUAUGUGAGGGACCAGCACCUGGAGGGGAAGCUGCACCUCCUCAAGCACCGUGAGCGGCUGCAACAUCUGGAGCAGCAGCAAAGCCUUCGGGUCAGGGUGGAUGGGGAGCCCAAAGCUGUGCCCAAGGAGCAGCCACUGUCCCCAUGCCUGAGCAUCGCAGUGGGAUGCAAGGAGGAGAGGAUGGAGGAUGCUGCAGAUGGGAAGGUGGAGAGAGUGCUCUGGUUGAGCCGGGAUGGCUCUGAGCACGGAGGAAAGGUGGAAGCAUUGAAAGACUAUGGUAUGGAUGUCCCACUGGACCUGUCAGACACCAGGCGUGGGAGGGGAAUGGGACGGAUCAAGCACCAGGAGGCCACCAGUCCAUGUCUGAGCCCAGGGGACAGCCCCAUGCAUGGCUCCUGCAGAAGACAUGGGAUGGAGCGGGACAGCUCACAGCCUCACAGCUGCUGGCAUGAUGCUGCCCAGAGACAGGUCACAGAGCAGCCUGGUGCCAUUAAGGAGGAGGAGGAGGAGGAAGAGGAAGAGGAGGCAGCUAUGCUCGCUCUCUCCCGGAUGCAUCCUAUAAACAAGUCACCACCAAGCAACACAGAGACUCCUCCAGAGCCCAGGGUGAGACUGGUAGCCAGUGCACAGAAGGAAGAACCAGAUGAUGAUGAUGGUGAUGAUGACGAGUCCACAAAGCAGGAAUCUGAUGAGGCAGAUACAACAGACAGCGAGGUGGCUUCUCCCUAUGAACACGACGUCCUGCAAGAAGCCCAGUCAGAAGGGAAAUAUUUUUGCACCAAAGACAAAGCUCAUGCACUGCAGAAGAAGAGAAGAGGACAGGAUUCCUGGACAAAAGGCUCCAAGAAGGCAAUGAGAGGAAGAAAGAAAGUCAAAGUGGAGCAGUGCUCGCUGGGGAUGACAGAGAAAGCGGAGAGCUGCUUGGCUUCCCACCAUGACCCCUCUGAGGAGAGUUAACUGGGUGGUGCAGAGACACAUGGACACUGCAACUGAAGGAGAAGAGCUCAGAUCCAGUAUUCCACCAACACCAAGAGAGCAACUGCUGUCCACAAGGACCCAUAAGAACUACUUCAGGAGCAGAGCACUCUCAAACCCUCCCUGGGUGCUCCUGGGAGAGGCUCAAGCAUGGACCUUCACCUUGGUGCCAGGAAGAGGGACCAUACUGUUCCUCAGGAUUUGGUGCUGGGAGGAGGGACCCCAACCUCACUCCCUGUGGCCCAGAACCCAGUGCCCACCUGAGCACUGCAGGUCCCUUUGUCCCUAUGCAUCAAUUCAAUCCUGACCUGGGUUUCGUACAGGUGUGGAUCUUGUUUGAGCUGCAAAGCCCAUGGAUUUCUUUUUGAGCACAUGGGCCAAGCAGAUGAGACACAUUCCCAGUGAGGGAAGGGACAAGAGCAUGAGAAAGGACAGCAUGCCUGAGGUGUCUGGUGUCCCCAGCAGAGCCAGGUGUGUGGUCCUGGCUGUACCCCAUGGCACAGCCCCAGCCCAGCAGCUCAUGCAGAGAGCUUGUUUUCAUAUGGAUAAACUGUUCUCAUGCAAUUUUUCUGAAUCAUGGCCUUCAGCAUCGAAUGAUGGAGUGCUGCUGCUUGGGAUGGGACUGAAGAGCAGGAGUGAGCAGUGCUGCACUAUGGCAGGGCUGCUCCUUGCACACGUGCAGCAAACAGAGCUGAAGCAAAAGUGCCAGAGACAGCACGUGCCCUGUGGUGUGGUUCCUUCCCACAGCCACUUUCUCUGCCUGGCACUGCUCUUAUUUUACUGAGGGUUUGUUUGUCCCAUUCACAUGGGGGGGAAGCAUGGCAAGCCAAACCCCCAGCCGGACGCACAACUGGCACAGGUAUCUUCUCCACAUUGUGUUUCCAUCUUCUUAGAGCAAGCCAGGUAAAAUAAAAAUAAAUAAUAAAAAAAGAUAAGUAUGCGUAUAUAUAUUAAUAGAGACAAUAAUGAUAACAUUAAUAAUAAAGCAAAAAGACUCACUGCAGCCAAACAGGGAGAGAGCAGGGCUCCUGGGCCCGGCGCUGAGAGCAGACAGCCGCGGGCGCGCAGUGCCGCCUGCCGGGCAGAGCCGCUCCGCACUGCGCCCCGCAACGCCUCCCCUGGGCUGCUGGGGUAAAGGGAUGGGAAGGAAAGGAGAAAGGGAUAUAAACCUGAAAAAGGUCCCUCUGCAAGUAGACAGCCUUAGACCAGGACAAUUGAAGGAGGGAAGGAUUUUUUAUGCAACUAUAAAAUCAUCCCCUCCCUUUGAUGAUCCCUCGAUAAGCAGAAGUGCUGCCAAGAGAAACAAAUUCACCAAUUUUUUUUUUCUUUGCAGUGCACUGCACAGAAUUCACUUUCUCUUAUUGGACCUUUAUUUUAUUUUAUUUUAUUUGUGUUGCCUCUUGCCUUUUUCCAGCAGACAUUCUCAGCUAGUGCCCCCAUACCUCCAUGCAUAGGUGUUCCAGGAAUUUGGAGGUGACACACAUUUCGUAGUUAGGACAAUCCCAUCACUAUGAAAACAAAUAAACCAUGUUGUGUGGGUUUUUUUUUUCUGAAUCAAAGCACACGUAGCAAGUUGCUGGAGGGAAAUCAUGCUUCGCACACCACAAUCCAUCCAGCCCUGUAAUGCUGCCCUCAUCUAGCCCCUGCAUGCUGACAUCCGCCACCAUUCUGCAGGGCCAUGGGUAACUGCUGGAGUCCAUCAGUGCCUGUAGUUCUGCUGCCAGUCUCUUGCUUGUGUGAUUCUUGACAGAUAAAUGCAAG